UACACGUAAUAUCAUCUCAAAAAGAUUAAUUGCGAGAUGCAAAGUGAGAAAGAUGGAAUUCACUAAUACACUUCAUUGUGACAUCAGAGUGAAGGAGGAGCCUUGCGAUGUGUCUCUCGAGGAAAAUUAUGGUGAAAUGAUUGACGAGAAAUCUGAUCUUGAAAACUUUCUACUCUUGCCAUUUUCGACAGGAAAUUCAGCUCGUAAGCUUCCAAAAUGUGACGUGAAUCGUAAAAGUGAACUUGAUGACGGAGUUGAAAUAGUUGUUGAAUGUGAAGACGUGAAGCCCGACAAGAACUUAUUAACAGUUAAAAAAAUUGACGAUGACUUUCAAUAUCACUUGCUGGGUGAAAAAGAUAGCAAAGGCUAUAAAAUUCAAAACAUAAUCAAAAUAGAAUCCGCGGAAAAAGUGAAUCAGGAAUUUGAUGGUGAUGCUGCAGAAGAAUCGAAUUUUAAUUUUGAGUGUGAACUUGUCGAAAAAAAUAAAAAAAGGGGAAUUAGUGAGUUAAGUGAAUCAGGAAUUUGAUGGUGAUGCUGCAGAAGAAUCGAAUUUUAAUUUUGAGUGUGAACUUGUCGAAAAAAAUAAAAAAAGGGGAAUUACUGAAAAGCUUACAACCAACACAUUUGAGAUAAACAGAAAGAAUUUAUCAACUAAGGGUAAUCUGGAUAGACAUGUCAAAACGCUUGGAAAGACAUUCGCACAGAAUAGUCAUCUCAAAAAACCCAUUGAUAAGGCCCAUAUUGGUGACGCAUUUAUGCGUGAUAGAUGCCAAGAGGCGUUCAUAAGGAAAU